GGUGUGUCUCAAUUCCCUGCAUCGGGCGUCCCUCGUAACCCUAGCGCAACACCAUGCAUUUCCUCUGUCUACACGGUGCCAUUGGCAAUCUUGAUAAUAUCAGCGUCCAGCUAGGCCCUCUGCAGAAGGAGCUGCAGGCCGAUAAUGCGGCCGUGUUCCACUAUAUUCCCGGCCCUGUCGUGGUCGAUCCGCCACCAGGAUUCGAGGACUAUUUCGGCAUCGGCCCACACUACCGGUGGAUGGAGGACGGGGGAAGUGCAGAGAGCGGCUUGUUAACGCGGAUCCGCGAGCUCCCUGCCGGCCAGUCUCCAGAGGAUGUCAUGCGGGCUCUGUCUCGCGGAGGGCCGGCAUCGUGGAGGAACAGGGAGGAAGUCAUGCGCUAUCUGCAUGCCACCCUGGAUGCUAACCCGGACAUCGAGGGGAUCGUGGGCUACAGUGAAGGUGCCACGGUGGCGGCGUCAUUGCUCAUCGAUGAAGAGGAACAGUCCAGGAAGACCGGAAGACCGAAGAGGAUCAAAUGCGCUCUGUUCUUCACUGGAUGGCCGCCCAUCGCUGCCGACAAUACACUCGUUCUGAGUGAUAGCAGCGACCUGGUCAUCGAUAUCCCAACGCUGCAUGUAGUCGGUGCCAAUGAUCCAUAUCGCGAUGGUGCAGUGAGCCUCUACAAUGUCUGCAAUGCCGACAAGGCCGAGAUAUUCGACACUGGCAGAGGCCACACCAUCCCUAGAGGCGGGCCACUGGUGGCUGAGCUCGCAGAAGCCGUGCGAGAUAUGAUCUCACAGGCGUAGAGGAUAGUAAU